AGCCACUCUGGCCCGAGCAGCGAUUGCCCUCUGCAUCUCCCUCCCAUCGGUGCAGGUCUUGGAAGCCCAGAGCCAUGCGUGAGCUCGUCCACAUCCAGGGCGGCCAGUGCGGGAACCAGAUCGGCGCGAAGUUCUGGGAGAGACGGAUCUCCGACGAGCACGGCAUCGACCCGACAGGGACCUACCACGGCGAUUCCGACCUUCAGCUGGAACGCAUCAACGUUUAUUACAAUGAGGCCACUGGAGGGCGAUACGUCCCACGCGCGGUGCUGAUGGACUUGGAGCCGGGGACCAUGGACAGCGUCCGCGCAGGGCCGUUCGGCCAGCUCUUCCGCCCCGACAAUUUUGUCUUCGGGCAAACAGGCUGGUGUACGAGCAAAUCCUCCACCAGUUUUUCUUUGCAGCAGCGUUCUUGCGUCUUGCAGGCUGGUCUGAUCGGUUUGAGUUUUUCUAAAUGACAAGGUCUCCUUGAGUGGUUCGCUCUUGGCCUAUUCGGGAGUGAUGUACGUGAGCCGGCGCGGCCCCCAGACAGUAAGCUCUUGCACCCUCGAUGUGUUGUCUAUCUGUUGCAGUAGGGGCCGUGCACACAUACAGUUAUGUAUUGAUUGUUCAGAAGAAAGGU